AUGGGCAGCGCCAGGGUCUCCAAGGCCGAUGAAGUGGAGUGUAACAGGACCCGGCAAGCUGCGUGCGGUGAAAAGUGCAUUCCUGUGACCUGGCUCUGCAAUGGUGAGCAAGAGUGUGUGGAUGGGACUGACGAGCAGUGUGAGGAAGCAUGUGCUGGACAUCCCCAAGCCUGGCAGUGUGACAAUGGCAGAUGCAUAUCCAUCAGCUGGCUUUGUGAUGGUGCUGGGGACUGCCUAGAUGGCUCUGAUGAGGUUGAUUGUGACUUGACAGUGACAGCAUGUCCAGACCAUAAGGUCCAGUGUCCAGGAAAGUCUCAGUGUCUGGAUGCCGGGGAACUCUGUGAUCUCCAUCAGGACUGUGCAGAUGGGUCUGACAAAGCACACUGCCCCCAGAGCCAUUGUCCGGCUGGGCAGUGGCAGUGCCAGAACAAGGUGUGUGUGAUGGAUAGUUGGAGGUGUGAUGGCAUCGACCAGUGUGGUGACUACUCAGAUGAGCACAUCUGUGCUUCCUGUCCAGAAGGCAUGGUUGGAUGUGAUGAAGGGAGAUGCAUCCCAGAAACUCUGAUGUGUGAUGGGGAAGCAGACUGUGCAGAUGGCACCGAUGAACCCACCACGUGUGGUAAAAACUGCUCUCUGGUGAAUGGUGGCUGUGAGGGUCAGUGCAGUGACACACACUGGGGUGUCCAGUGUUCCUGUGGGGCAGGGUGGCGGUUGCAGCCCGACGGGCAGAGCUGUGGAGAUGUAGAUGAAUGCUCGAUGGCGUUCAGUCCUUGUGGCCAACUAUGUCAUAAUACACCAGGCUCUUACUCCUGUGACUGUAUUCAAGGUUACCAGCUCAACAAUGGGAGCGAAUGUCGAGUUACAGAUGAUGGUGUUAAAAUUCUUAUAGCAAGAGAUCAAGAGCUUGGUGUCCUGGAUCGAAAAACAGGCAUCUAUGAAUCUCUGAUACCUAUAAAAUCAAGACCCAUUUCUGUUGCAUAUGAUCUUGAGAGAAGCACAUAUUUCUGGGUAGAUGAAGUCUUAAAUGUGUUUGUCCUUGGGAAACCAAACUUUGUUCCCCUUUACCCAGAACUUACGGCAGUGAACAGCAUCUCCUUGGACUGGUCCACAGGACAGUUGUAUUGGGCUAGCAGUUUUGCAAGGGUCAUCUGUGCUGGCUUAAGUGACGGCAGAGGCUAUGUCAAAAUUUUGGAAAAGGAUCUUGUGCCAGAGCAGCUAGUAGUGUUUCCUGAAAAGAAGUACUUGUAUUGGGUGAAUCGAGGUGGGACAGGCGUGAGGACUGUGGAAUCUGCAGGCAUGGAUGGCUCUGACAGGAAGGUGCUUGCUGUCCUAACCACAGAGGAGCCUUUAGGACUGACACUGGACCACGUGACUGACAGGCUCUACUGGAUCAGUGAAUAUAAAAAGUCCAUAGAGACAGUGAAGGUGGAUGGCAGCGGGAGGUACUCCUUUCCUGAGAUCUUCCUGGAAGAUGAAAACCCAGUAGGACUAGCUGUCUUUGAGAACUCUUUCUUCUGGGCCAAUAAGACACAGCUGUUUUAUACCUCACCCCGCAGCCCAAAGGAGAGACAGGUGUUACUGGAUACCUCCAUGUCUGCUUUCUCAGUCCUCCACAAGUCCCUGCAGCCUAAGAGCAGAUACCCAGCUUGUGCUCCAGGUUCUUGCAGCCACUUAUGCCUCCUGUCUCCUGUCCACCCCAAGGGCUAUAAGUGUGUUUGUCCUGAAGGAAUGUUUCUUUCACAUUCUGGCACAUGUAGUGAAUUAAAACUUGUGGUUUCUUCUGGCAAACGUCUGUACUUGUUGAAAGUUGGCUUUAUGGGAACUGCCAUAGAGAGAACUCUAGUUGAAGAGCAUCCUGGGAACAUCUAUUUAUUGGAUAUUGACUGGAAAAGGAACCUCAUCUAUUGGACAAAUGCUCAGGGACAUCUGGUCUACUCAACUGGCUAUUCCGGACAAAAGCUAGAGAUCUGGACAGCACGUACUGUCUGCUCAGCAAACGUGGACAUAUCAACAGGGAACCUGUUCUGGCUGCCUUGUGACAGAGGUGCUAUCCAGAAGACCAGAAUUCCUGGUGCAGACACACAUACCCUGUACAGCACCAACAGCAUUAUACUGCAGCUGCUUCUCGAUUGGCCAAGGAGGAUGCUCUAUUGGGUGGAAAGUGGGAAACACUUGCAAAGUCUAACCCUGGAUGGCAAAAGCAGACAGGAAGUCUGGAGAGGCACUUGGACAGCAGACACUCAGAUGGCCUUAGACCUGGGUUCAGCUAGCAUUCUCUGGACUACCAAAGGGUCAGGGUUGCAAAGUCUGAGUCUCCUAAAAAAUAGAACAUACUCUUUGAACAAGUCCUGGAGUGAUGGGCUUAUAGCGGCCCAUGAGCCCUACCUCGUGACUGUGGACAAGGCAGUUCUCGUGCUGUGGAAUCGGAAGACACUGGAGCCCUUCUCAGUGCUGAAGGAAUCAUACAUAAGGAAAAUGAUCAUCUUGGCAGAGAACCAGGAGGUGUCAGAUCCUGAGGUUGAAGGAGCCACAGUGGCCCCUCCUACUUUUCCUCCUCCGCCACCUCUACUUUGCACCCGGUCCUCUGUCCCCUGUCGGGAUGGGAAGGAAUGCAUUUCUCGGGAGUCCCUCUGUGAUGGCGAGCGUGACUGUCAGGAUGGCUCGGAUGAAGAGAACUGCUCCCAGCUCUGCCACAAACCAGGAGUCUUUCAGUGUCUGGAUGGAAGAAGGUGCAUAGAGGAGAGAUACCACUGCGAUGGGGCUCAGCACUGCUGGGAUGGGUCUGAUGAGCUUGGCUGCUGGAAGCCUGUCGAAGACUGUUCUCUGCGCUGUGAUAACAAGACUCGCUGUAUCCCUAAGAGCUGGCUAUGUGAUGGGAACCCAGACUGUUCUGACAAAAGAGAUGAACAAGGAUGUGUUCAUGAGAAAUGCAGCCCAUCUGAAUUUAGAUGUGAGAAUGGCCAGUGCAUAUCUUACUCCCUGCAUUGCGAUGGGAACCAAGACUGCCUGGACCACUCAGAUGAAGAGGGCUGCCCUGUUGCCCGGCCCCUGCGGUGCCCACCAGGGGAGGUGAAGUGCAGGAGGAGUGGAGAAUGUGUGCUGGCAGAGUGGAUAUGUGACCAUGACCUGGACUGCAAGGACGGAAGUGAUGAGAAGGACUGUGACCCUGAGGUGCUUCAAUGUGGCCCGACCCAGUGGAGCUGUGCCAGUAGAGACCAGUGUGUGCCCGACUCCUGGCACUGCGAUGGGCACAGUGACUGCAGGGACGGCAGUGAUGAGGCUGGAUGCCCCCCUCAGAAGUGCCUGGGUUCUGAGUUCCCGUGCGGCACCGAUGCCUGCCUGCGCCUCAGCGUGGUGUGUGAUGGGAAGGAAGACUGUGCUGACGGCUCUGAUGAAGGUGGAGCGUGCUCCCUGGCAGCCUGCCACCCAGGACAGUGCUCCCACACCUGCUACCAGUCUCCCGCCGGGCCUGUAUGUGCUUGUGAGCUCGGUUUUCAGCUGGAGAGCAGUGGUCGGAUCUGCCAGGAUGUGGAUGAGUGCCAGGAGCCAGGGAGUAGGCCUUGCAGCCAGACCUGUGUCAAUACCCAGGGCUCCUACAUCUGUACCUGUCGUCCUGGCUACUUGCUGGAACCUGAUGGCCACACCUGCAAAGCAACAGGUACUGAACCAGUCCUGCUUGUUGCAAUUCAGUUUAACCUCUUCCUCUAUGGAUUGAGAAGCUUGAAAGAAGAUAUUCUGGCAACCACAGACAAGAAUCUGAUUAUUUUCUCUGUUGACUAUGAUUUAGUGGAUCAGAAGGUCUUUUGGGCAGAUCUCAAUGCAGAAAGUAUAAAGUGGAUAAGCAUGGACACAAAAAAGAAAGGGACUGUGGUAAAAGGGAUAAAGUCAGACUGUCUAGUGGUGGACUGGAUUGGAAGGAAUCUCUACUGGACUGAUGGGACAGCCAGUCAGAUUCUGGCCAUUCAGUUGACCGCCAUUUGGAGAGGGAAAUCUGAGUAUACAAUUGUCCUGGAUGAUGACUUGACUCAACCCCAGUCUUUGGCGUUGGAUCCUCUAAAUGGAUUAAUGUACUGGUCUGAAAUUGGAGAAGAACCUCAAAUAGAGCAAGCUGGAAUGGAUGGCAGCAACAGGAAAAUACUCAUCAGUCAAGGUCUUGGACGGCCAACUAGCAUAGCACUUGACCAGUUAAGUUGGAAGAUAUUCUGGUCUGAUGAUAAAUUUCACUGUAUUGGCUCAGCCAACCUAGAUGGUACUGGCAUUAGUAUGUUGCAGCUAACACAAAUCAAGAACCCCUUUUCAGUUGCUGUGUUUGAAGACGAAGUCUUCUGGUCUGAGAUGAAGACAAGAACAGUGCAGCGUGUGCAGAAGAGGACAGGCAAGAACAGGGCUGUCCUCAUCAAGCGUUCUGGACAGCCCUAUGGACUCAAGAUAAUGCAUGAGGUGCUACAGCCCAGGUCUUCUAAUCCCUGUCUGGAUACUGGAUGUUCUCACUUGUGCCUUCUGAGUCCACGAUCCAAGGGAAGCUGUCAUUGCCCAGUGGGGUUCCUGCUUGCAGAUGAUGGAACCAACUGUGUCCCACUCAAGGAGUCUGCAUUUGUUUUUCUUGUAUUACCCACAGUUAUCAUGCAGAUCUACCUGAAAAAUCUGAAAGCUUUCCCAGGACAAGCAGCUUUACCAGAACAUAGACUACUUCCUUUUACCAACGUGGACCAGCUUGCAUCAAUAGAUUAUCUUGUCCAGGAAAAAACUCUCUACCUUUCAGAGCUGAAUCAUGGUGAUAUCAGGUUGCUAAGACUUAAAGAACCUGGGAUACUCUCAUGGAGGAAACUCACAUCUGUGCAGGGGACUGUGGUUGACCUUGCUGUGGACUGGCUAACUGGAAACAUAUAUUGGAUUGACAGUGAACAUCCCCAUAUCAACGUAGGUUCCUCAAAAGUCCAGUAUUCCAUUGUCUUGCUCAGUGAAAAUCUUUACCGCCCGGUGUCUGUUGUGCUCCACCCACCUACUGCAGUCAUGUGCUUCGUGGACCUGGGUUCCCUAGAUGAUAGGAAGCCUGGCUCCAGCAUUGAAUGUGCCUCCAUGGAUGGCAGCAGGAGGAAGGCGCUAUGGCAGAAAUCCCAGGUGCCUGUGGGACUGACCUUUUCCGAUUCAGGGACCCGCCUGUACUGGGCUGAUACUGGAAGAGGACUCAUAGAAAGUAUUCAACAAGAUGGCUCUAGACACAGAGUAGACCGCCAAGGAAUUCAGGGCCUUAACCUCUUUACGUUUGGUCAAGGCAUGAUGUUCUGGACAACAACGGAUGAUGCCCAAAUCACUAAAGUUUGGUACAGCAAAGCAGAAGUUUCAGAAAACCGAUGGUUCCAAGUAGACCAGAAGAUUGUGGACUUAAAAGUUUACAGUAAAUUUAGUCAACAGGGUAGUAACAGCUGCUCAAAGGAUAAUGGAGGAUGUAGCCAUAUCUGUUUACCAAACCCUGAGGGAAAGAUUUGCAAGUGUCCCAGUGGGUACUACUUGACUGAUGCAAACAAAUGUAUUGAAUCUGUCCGAUGCUCUGAGCCAUCAAAAUCUUGUGAGGAUGGUCAGAAAUGCAUUUCCCUGGAGCAAGUUUGUGAUGGUCAUGCUGACUGUCUGGAUGGAUCUGAUGAAAUGGACUGUACUGAACCAGGUAAAGCUCAUUCAACAUCAACACCAACAAAGUCAGAAGCUGGCAAAAGGUUGACUCCAGGAGUUUCCCAACCUCUCCAGGCUACUAAGUCCUCCACAUCUGGAUAUCCAGGCCAAGAAAGAAUGAGAUAUCCUGUCAGAAAAACACUAACCACUCGGCUACCUACCAGAGAGACCAAGACCCCAGAAACCAAGGAAAGGGGGACUUCUGUUCAGCCCAAGGACUCUCAGAAGGCAAAACAUGUGCCCUGUAGCAGUGAUUUCUGUAAUGGGAGGGGAAUCUGUAUAACAGAAGGAAAGUGGAGAAGAUGCAGCUGUCUGAGGGAAUAUGGUGGAGAGUUCUGUGAGGAGGCAGUGCAUGGACCCACCCCUGGCUACAUAGCAUUCAGCGUAACCACUGGCCUAUCAGUUGUUCUGGUAGCCCUGGGAGCAUAUGUAUAUUUCAGAAGAGAACAUGAAAUAAAAAGAACCAGCAUGACAUCAUCAAGAAAUUUGGCCUACAAUAAAGAAAAUGACCAAGAAGAAGAAAAUCUAAUGAACAGUGAGGUUUUUGUUAAUGAAGCUUAUGAUGAACAGGAAUUACUCACCUCUUUACAAACCGACUGACCUUAUAAAAAUGGACUGAAACAUCCCAAUGAUAAUUGUUUAUACAUUUUGUUGUGUACUGUUUUAACUUCCUUAACAGCUUAAAAUAGCG